AUGGGGCUGAGUGACGGAAUUUUGGUAGUUGUUUCGGUUCUUGAAGGUAAGUUUGUCAGAAAAUCCUUCAAUUUUCGUCUAACUUCAGGGUUGAAUUGACCAUAUUUUAAAUUUGUUAAAUGUUUGUUAUGCGAAAAUUUUGUGAUACAUUCAGGGCGAAGAUUUCCUAAACGACCACGACACAAGAUCAUUGUCGAAACAAAGUUUGAUGGAGAAACUCUGACGACAGAUCCCAUUGAUCAUGUGGAAACCCCAGAGUUCACAACUGAACUUGCUUGGGAAUUGAACAAAAAGUCUUUGCAUCAGCAUCGCUUGCAGAGAACACCAAUCAAAAUCCAGGUGAAAUAUGUGCAACACAAGUGAAUUGUGUUUUGACAGGCUUACAGAUUAUAAAAUAUUUCGUUAUUGCACUUUUUUUGGUUUGUUUUUGUUUUUUCGUUUGUUUGUUAAUGAUAGGGUGGAGUGUAGGGAGUUGAUCUUGCACUGUUAUAAUGUGAACCAAAAUGAGAUGUUGCAACUUAACCGCUGUCAACCCUUAUGUUUCCAAGAUCUUGUUGAUAAUUCUUCCCUCCCGCUGCUACACAUUCCCUUAUAAAUAAGUUACAAUAAUUUGGUGUUAAAUCGAGAUAGCUAACUCUACCUGAUAAGUUUGAGUAUUCUCAGAGCCUGUUUGCUGGAUAAUGUAUGGAUAUUAUAGAGAGAAGUUAAAUGUUGACCAUUUCUGAGAGUUGAAGGGUAACGAGAAAAAAAGGAAAGAUUUCCGUAUAACCACAUACUAUUCUUAAGCAAAGCUGUUUUCCUACAGGUAAUCUGUUGUUUCACCUUUAGUUUCUUCUUGUGGCAUAAUGAAGUAUGGGGUUAUGCAGAAAUCUUUCCAGACAAAUGUGCAUCUCUUUUACAUUAGUUACAAUGUCAACUUGAAGCUACUUCACUGCCAAAUUUACUCAACUUGAUUUGUCAUCUUUUCCUUUACUGAUUUCAAUAUGUUCCUAAGUUUGCUGGUUAUCUAUAUUUUGGACAGUGUUAUGCUCUGGAUACUCUGUCAUCUCAGAAGGAAGCUGUUGGAUAUGUGAUCCUAGAUUUGCGGACAGCACAACAAAAACCAGCGGCAAGUAUACAGUGUCAUUCAAUUAAAGACCUUUAGAAAGAACAACAUUUAGUGAAAUGCUAUCAGAGCAUGAUGAAAUAAAAAUUACCAUUUUUAUUUCAGAGAGCACAAUGGUAUUCCCUCCUGAGUACAAAGUACCAAAGAAUGAAACCAGAGUUGAAGUUGAUGUUGUCAUUAGAAGAUGACACUCAGUCUAAACAGACUGAACAACAGUCAAAACAAGAAGAUGAGAGUAAGUUAAAAAAAAAACAAAUGAGAAAUGAUUUUUUUGACUAGAGAUAAGGUUGAACUGUUUUAAGUAAAUCUUUUCCCAAGGAACAAAACCUCAGUUUCACAGACAACAUUUUUCAGCCUAAUUCAAUAGUCUCAUUGUCAUCCUUUGAUGUUGGUAUCUCACUUCUAAAUAUCAGUAAUUUGGAACAAUUGUUAAGAAGGGUAGAAGUGGAAUUAUUGCUUCACCAUUUCAUUGUUUUAGUUACUAUUAAGAAUUAAUGGGAUGUCACAAUCAAUGGCCAUAAAUCAUUUAUUAACUAACCACAAUUUUGUUUUUUUUAAAGCCUGUCUACAUGUACCAGUAAAUACCAAUAAAAUUUAAAUUUCAUUGAAUAUGAAAUAUACCUAAAUGCAUUCAAGGUGUUGCUUAGUUAUCAUCUCAUGCAAACUGUUUUAUUAUUGACAUUUAACUUUCUAAAUUUGACAGAUAUUUCAAACUAAUUAACAAAUUUUGCUAAUGGCUGGACAUGUUUUUUUCUCUAUGCCUUCCAAAGGGCAACACCUUAGACCCUCUCCACCAAGAAAACCAGAAUCUGAUGGGAUACAGUGUCUGCUCAAUGAAGAUCAAGGGUAUUAUGAAAUUGGACCACAACAUGAAGAUGACAGGAUUUUUAUUUUGUCCGUUACAAUUGGACUUGCCUCUAAUUUAGCCAAGGUAGAUUUGCUUAAUAAUUUAAUUUGUAAAUCUCUGACAUUUUGAUCAUAAGUCAUAAAUGAUGCUCUUAAUUCUACAAACUUCAUGUAAUUAUGACUUACAAUAGAGGAAACUAAUUAUUUGAUGAGUCACCAAUCUCCCUUUAUGCGCUGUUGCAUAGCUGGUCACCAGCCCUUCUCAUUGCAGAGAACAGGUUGUCCAAAUAGUAAAUUUAAAAAUUUGCUCCCUAGACAUAUUAAGAGAUGAAUUAUCUACAACAGUGCUAGUCUGACAUUAGAGUUCCUACUCAGGAAUCCACUUCUGCUAUGAACAAUAAAACAAGACAUUCCCUUUGAAAUAAUUGAUUUACACUUUUUAUCAUUGAUUGGGUUUUUUUUUUUAACUUAUUACUUUUUCCCUUUAGUUGGUACCAUCUAGCUUUGCUUUGCCAGAUCCAAACCUUGGUGGUGGAUUUUAUUUUUAUUACUCAUUACUGAGCAAUGAUGUGACAAAUGAAGUCUUUCAUGAUCUUCUUCAACCAAACUUUCCUGCUGAGCGAGCUUCAGUGAGAAUAAGAAGUAACUUGGAACUUCUCAGAACAUUUUUCACCCAACAUUCAGGACUGGAGGUAGAUCUUAUGUAUACUAAUUCAUAUAACAAUUAAUUUUUAAAUCCUGAGAUCUUUCAUCAACAAAAUCCACAUUGAUGAUUAAACAAUUAUUUGUUAUCCAUUUGAUAGUUUUAUAGUUUUUCUUGAUGAAAACCUUGCCACAAUGUAAUGGACUAAAAAGUUGUCAAUGUGAUUUUGGCUCCUCAUUCCUGACUGAGAGGAGAUUGUUUUUACAAUCUUACAGAUGAAUGUAUUGCUAACAGGACUGGAAUCACAGAGAUGUUAAAAUGACCAAAAAAACCUUAAUGAAUGUAGUGCUAACAGGACUGGAGUCACAGAGAUGUUAUAAUGACAAAAAAAAAACACCUUAAUUUUUGUUCCAGUACAAAUGUAAGAAUAUUUUCUUACAGAUCUAUUUGUGUUGUGGGGACCAGUCCUUAGGCAAAGCUGUAGUCUCUUUUCAAGGCCUUCUCAAUGAGCAGCAAAACUUAGCAUCACCAACUGUAAUUGAAGGGCUAUUUCCAUUAAUUGCACCUGGUCGUAGUCGCCAAUCUUCAGGAGCCGUAGAUGACUCUGAGCCAGCUGUUGGUGUGUCUGUGUCUUUAAGACAAGAGCAGCAGGAGACAAUGGGAAAUGUCACAAGUUCCCCCUUGCCAAUUGUUGCUGCAGGAGGAAUGGGAAGACAGGUAAACUUUGUCUGUGGCUCAUGAUAAUGAUAAUAUUGAUAAUGUUGAUGAUAAUGAUAAUAAUGAUGACGAUGAUAACACUAGAGAUGUACAAAGAUAUCCUCCAAAUUCUUUUUAGCAGUCAAUGCUUGUUCAUUAUUUUGUGCCCAACCAUGUUUUUAAAUGACAUUUUCAGAGGGUACCUGAAGUAGACAGCCUGCCAUAUGGAAGCAAAUCUCCAGCUAAACAGCUUUCAAGCUCCCCUUUUAGAGGAAAGCAGAGAGAGCCUGGUAAAGGGUCAGAGACAGAGAUUACUGGAGAGCACCUCAAGGGUACACCACCUCGACCACAAUCCAGCACUCCACACAGUGGCCCAGAAAAACCAGGGUUAGAAGGUGGGGUCACUUUGGGAGCUCAAAAGGUACAUAUGUGGUAGUUUUGUUGUUUCAUUCUUCAGUUCACCAGCAGAGUUAAAUCUAAACCACUCCAAACAAAUUUCAUUUCUUUCAGAACUCUCCUUCAAAGAAAUCAAAGACAGCCCAGGCUUCUCAGGCACAAAUAUCAGCUCCAGGCCCCAGCAGUACUGUUCCUUUACUUGGAACGAGGCUACCAAUUGAUCCAGGAGCACACCACUUCUGUUUUUCUAUUGACCUGCGCAGUAUUUCCAAUCUUGAUGUAACAUCUCCUGUUAACUGUUUCCUCAGGUUUGUCUGUCAAAAAUUGACCAAGUUUGUACUAAGUAGACUAUAACCAAUGGAAUGAAUAAGAUGUUUAUUCUCCCUCCAGGUACACAUAUCCUUUCUUUGGCAGUGCUGCACCUGUUAUCACUAGUCCUCCUGUACAAGUCCAACGCAACAUGGAAGUUCUUCUACCAAAAUCAUUCUGUGCCUUUGACUUUGCAUCAUCGCCAAUACUUCUUCAACAAACUCUCACAAGGUUAGCAAACAUGUCAGCUCAUUGAAUUGGAUCAAUGUCAGUGCACCUGCCCCUCCCCUAACCUCAUGAGAGUCAACUGAUAACAAGUUAGGGUUAAUGUUAAGUUAGGGAGAUAAGUAAGUUGUUGAGAUUAAUUGAUUGAAAUUUAAGGCAAUUUGGGGCUAAAGUAACCAAUGGUGGGAAGAUAUUGGCAUUACAGGGGCCAAGGGAGGGUAAGAACAUUCUAUUGAUCAAAUGGGGAUUGGUUUUUCUUUGGCAUCUGAUUUUUUGAGAAGACAGACGUGUGUUCCUGACAGAUCACUUUGUGUAGUUAAUCAAAAGCAGUUCAGUCCUAGAUUACUCGGAUUACUCUCAAUUUGUUUUUGUUUUACAAAAGAGUUCCCCUUGUGAUUGAGGUGUGGCAUAAAGACAGCAUGGCUGGAAAUCUUCUGAUUGGAGUCUCCAAUAUGUUGCUGGCCUCUGUCGUAAGUGCCAAUAAAGUUCAAGUCUUGUCUCAGGUGAGAGUGAAGUUUAAAUUAUUUGAUCGAAAAUCGGUUUGUGCUUCACAAGGCAUGACACACUAGCACAAUUUUCAAAGCACAGCUCAAAUGUUUUCAAUGAAAAAAAAAAAAAAAAAAAAAAAGGGGGGGCAGCGAUCUGAUACAUUUUUUCUCACCUUGACAGCCAUUGCUAAAUUUUUGCAUUUGUCAUAUUUAUAUUUCGUGUGGUAAGGGUAAAGAAGUGACUGGCUACAGGCAAAUUUAUAACGAGAGGGUGAUAAUCUUCACUACAGAAAAGUAAGUGCAACAGUUUUGUAUAGACUCAAUAGAUAGUUACAGAGUUUGUACAGACCAAAGCUUUCUUUAUACAUCAUUUAAUUUAGUUGACGUUGCAGUGGGCGAGAGGCUGGGAGGGGUCUGGCUCGAAUAAUCUCUUUUUCAUGCCAGAACCCUCGUAGACCUUUCGCACGCUCACAACCAUUAUAAAAAUCAGAAUAGUGUUUUGUUUGGUGUGUUUGUUUCUUUUUAUGUUUCUUUUUUAAUCUUCAUUUAACGAUGAUGACAAUAAACCUCUUUCUCAGGCCUGCUCGGAGAAUCGGUGAGCUUCAUGUGGUUCUCGGUUUAGAGGACAUGGGCCCAGUGAACAUACAGCGCUUGAUGGAGGCAAACGAGGUAAGAUUAACCCUUUAACCCCUGAGGGUGACCAGCAUCUAACUGGCUGCUGAAUCAAACAUCAGGCUCACGAGAAUUGAGGAAAUGAUCGUAAACGUGAAAUGCUCCUGAGUUUUAUUUUAAUUCUCCCUGUCAGUGCCAUAGGAAAUGUAUAAAUAACAGUAUGGAGAAGAUGUAUGCUGAUAUUAGGGUGUAAAGGGUUAAGGAAAGGGGGGGUGGCUUUUUACAGAGACAGGAGGGUGAGGAAGUUUAUAGCUGAAACUCGACAUGACGCAAAUCCUAAAAGAUAUGGUGUAGAACUCUUAGGUGUGAUCAGAAGGAACGAAGCUUUGCGAAAACCAAAAUUAAAUCUUUGCAACGAACGUUCCUCUUUUUGUAUUUUAGCACAGUCUUUCCCCUUCACUUGAAAGUAGCCAGACAUCUAGUGCCAUUCCUCUCUCUGAGCCGCAGCGUGUUCCGCCCGCUCAGCCCAAGCCUCCUCCUGUUACUGACCCACGUGACACAGAAGAGUACAAGACCGCGCUAGAACUGGAGCUUUGGAAGGAGCAACAAGAAGAGAUGUUUCAAGCACAGGUGAAACUCAACUUUGCGAUGGAAGAAAGGCGCCCCAGUAGAAGACCCUUUGAUGAGGAAUGAAUAAAACCGUUAUUGAACUGUUUUCCUGUAAUUUCCUGUAAAGUGCACAUCUUUCCAUAAAAAACACAGUCGAACUGAGUAGACAAAAGUAAGCCGUUGAGUCAAUGGUCUGCAAAGAUAAAGAAAUAUAAUAAUGCUAGCUGUUUGCUCUAUAGGAUUUUUUAUCUCCUAAUGAAGUGAGAUUGUAAAAUUGGUCCCUCUGUCUGUACUGAAUAUGUUUCCUUUCUGCCAAACAGAUGCAACAUCGAGAAGACUCGCACAUGAAAGCUCUUGCUGAGGAAUGGAAAAGACGAGAUAAAGAGCGCGAACUGAUGGUGAAGAAAAAGGUGGAACAGAAACCUCAUUUUGUUUAAUUAUCCAUCUAUUUUUUGCCUUUUAAUCUAUAGGCUUGAUGGAAUGACUUUUGAAAUGUACUUUUAUAUAAUUUUUAGCUGGAAGAAUAUUCAAGAUUGGAAGAGAAGAUCAAACAGUCCAUCGCUGAUCUGGAAAGGAGAGAAAAACUGUUGUCCACCAAUGAGGCUCAGGUUUGUUAGAGAGUUUUUAAGAGGAUUGCAAGAUUCUAACUUGAUUUCAUGCGAAUAUUUCCUCCAUUUUAAUUUUUAGAAGCUUUUAAAAGUACGUAAGUUAGCCCUUGUCCGCUAGUGUUGGGCUUAUGGAUCAAAUGAUGGAAAUUACAAUCUUAAAGUACAGUCGAUAACUUGUAUAAGAAAGCAAAAUUGAGAACCUUUGAGAAUGGGGAGCAUUAGACGCCUUUUGCUUUCGAUCGCUUUUAAAUAGUUGAUGGGCAACGCUUUCAAAAUUGAAUGUAAUGGCUGCCUAGGUGAUGCACUUGAAGGAAGAACUGGAACGAGAACACGAACGACGGACUACAGAAAUGAGAGAAGCUGCUCGGAGAUUGAAAGAUGACUGCUCACAUCAAGUAGAAAUGGAGAGGUUUAGUUUUAUUUUUGACUGCCUUUUAACCAUUGCUUUGCGCAUCGCUCUUCAGCGUAUUAUUGAUAAGAGAGUCACACGCUCGAUUCACGUUUUAGGAUGAGGUGUGGGCAAGCGGGGGUGGGAUGAUGGUGGUGGAAGUGUGCGUCGAUUUUUCAUAGCUGACAUCGUUGUUGUAAGGAGUCAUGAUAUUUUGCUUCCUCUUGAUACCUUCAAAAAUCAUUGUUUGCUCCUUCCCUUAAAAAUAUCAUUUCACUCCGAGUGUUUUGUGACAGAUGCUUUUGGAGUUAAAACUUCCAUUGCUAAAAAAGCGAUUGCAGACUUUUUAACAGUGAUUACAAUAUAGUGGUAAUCAAGGUUUAUUAUUCAACAUUCCUCUCUCCAGGCGUGUUAUCGUUCGCUUUACGAAAAAAAUUCGCAUAUUGACCGAAAUAUUCAUAAAACUCUAUCACGCUAUUGCAUAUUUAUAGCGCUAGUUGUGAGCUUCCUCCUAGCAGUCAAAGUUACAGACUUUGAUGUGAGUAAUUUUGUUUCAAGAAUGAAAGUUAAGGACCUGGAGGAACAGAAACAGAGACUAGUGGAGCAAGUGAGUGACAUUCCUUCUCCGAUUGAGGUACCAGUUUUGUUUCGUGGAAUUAUUAUGUGGAAUAACUCGGCAUUACCAUUUUGUUCAGGUUUACGAAGCAGAGAAACGAUAUCAAGCGAAAGAGAAUGAGUUCAUGGCUUACAAGGAGCAACAGCUGACGAAACCUGAAGUAAAGCUCGAGUCCGAAAUAAAUCUUUUAAAAAUGGAAAAGGUAAACUGUUAUUACGAACGUUUAUAUGUUGUUUAAUUAUUUCUUUUCUUUUAUCUUCUGACAAAAAUUGUUGAAUUGAAUGAAAAGGUCUGUUUUAACUGUUAUGAGUCAUCUUUCCCCCAACAGACAGAACUUGAACGUAAGUUAGAAACGGCGAACAAGUCAAAGAUUCACUACAAACAGCAAUGGGGCCGAGCGCUAAGGGAACUGGCGCGACUGAAACAGCAAGAACAGACUGCUGCCAGAGCGCGGCUCAAAAAACAAGAGCAAGAGCUGGAACACAUGCGCCUGCGUUAUCUUGCCGCCGAGGAGAAGGAGGUAUAUAUUGUGUGCGCCUGCUAUACCUUGUGCCAGCAUAGUUCCUUUUAGUCUUAUACUAAUUUUUUAUUUAAUUAUUUGUUACAGAGCUGUAUUUUUUUUCAUUAUUAAAUAUGCUCUAUUAUUUAGGUUGUUAAAUCUGAGAAAGAAGAGCUGGAGGAGAUAAAACUUGAGCUAGCCAGGUGAGUAUUUGGUAGUUUGGUAUUAUUGUUGUUGUCAAAUGCUGUAAAGCGUUUUUUAAAAUGUCCAAUAGGCUCUUAUUGACCUUAUGGCAGGGCUAAAAAUUAACUCCAGUGCUUGGUGGCCAGUCGGGCCAGUUUCCUUGAAUUCUUAGUGGCCCUAUCCCAAAAUGAAGUAGCCCUUGCAUAAUUUACAUUGCAACUUUUCGAAAUUCUGUAGCAUAGUCGCACAUCGGGCGUUCAAACCUUAACUUUUAGUGGCCCUGGUCAGUUUUAACUCGCCAAUGGCGACCGUGCGACCGCCAAUUUUUAGCCCUGUUAUGGUACGAUUAUAUGAACUUUGAGAGUUCAUGGAAGUUUUUUUCUUCUCUGCAACAGAUUAAAACAACAGGAGGAGGCGAAAGCACGGGUAAAUCAAGCGCCGACUGAAGAGCAGGAAAAAACAUCAGCCGCCAAUUCGUCACAAAGAAGAAGUAUUAAGCAUUCACCUGGACUCACAUCAGUUCAUGAACAUGACGAAGAAGACAUUGAUAGCAGAAUAGCGAAACUGAUCGAAGAAAGAGAUACGCUGUUACAUACGGGAGUUUAUACCACUGAUGAUCGUAUAAUAGUUGAACUAGAUCGACAAAUAAGAGACGCUAUAGCCAGUAGGGGCACGUGAUAUAAGGGGAGAAGGUUAGGGUUCGUUCGAAUUAAUCCGGAUUGGUUUAUUGAUUGAAAUUUUCUUGAUGUGAAAAAUCAGGAGUAGUGCGGUGAAGAAAAGAGGGAGGGGAGGGGAGGGGUUUGGGGAUGCUAGAGAAAAAAAAGUAAGAAUCGUUUAAAUAAACACUGCGCACUUCCGGUAGGGCAGGGGAGGGGGGGGGCAUUUGAGAUUUGAGAAGGGGCCUGGAAUCGUUAGACUACGAGCAGUCCCUCUGGGAAGAUUCAAUUAAUAUCGGCGAGGCUUCGCUCUCCUAGAGGCCUCGCUGAUUUCAACAGACCGCUGAUUUCAACAGACCAGCAUGAUAGUAUAGGCUGAAAAGGAGGACUGAUCGUAGUGUAGGGAACCUCCAAAAGAGUUGAGUAGUGAUUGUGAGCUUAUCAAUUAUGGUCUUUCUUCAAUAAUCCUAUAAUUUUGUAGUUACUGAUUUAAAAGUCAAGGCCAAGUGUUACAGCUGAUUCGUAAUCCUUUAAACCAAAUGUGGAGCGAUCACAGAUUUUGUGUUAUGUGUUUGAAACUGGGUUUCUUACGACACUGGAAGAAAUAACUGAUUGUUUUUUUCUUAUUGACGACGCUAUUCGCACAAGGCACAGAACACAAUUUUAACAUUUUCAAUAGCGCGAAGAGACCCUUCCUAACUUAGACCAACUUAAAUUCUGAGACCUUUCCGCGGAACUGAAAGCAUUGAGUAAUUUAAUUUGCGAGAACCGUGUGUGAGUGUGUGAGUGUGACUCCUUCAUUGAAACACAGUACACACCUUAACAAAAUUAAUGUCAAUAAAAUUAAGACAUGCAACUAACUCUUCCAUAAAUAGAAGCGAAUUCACUUUCAAUACGUUUCGUACAAUUUAAAAAUUUCUUGCGCAAUCUCUGCUGCUGCUUGGCUUCAUUGCUCGAAAAAUUGCAUUAUUUUUCGGUGACGCCGGUUGAGGUUGUUGCCAAGGAGAGUAAAGAGUCUAUCCAAAGGCGUGUGAAAGUGGUUUGCAACUAAAAAUCUGUACGCUGUACGUAUUCUGCUGUUCAGGACACUCAGACGCACUCUGACUGAUACAGCCAAGUUUGCAGUGGGAAGGAGCAGCCUUAACGAAACUUUCUCCCUAUCGAACUCCCGUAGACAAUGCCAUCACAGUUUUUGGAUAAAAAACAAAGCACAACAAAGAAGCAGACGUUGUUGAUGAAGUAUUUUUACUUCCCUAACAUUCUUUGAAUCUACUAAUAAUUUAAAUAACUAAAUGAAUGCAAUUUUCGCUGUUUAAAAUAUGAAUAUAAUGUGUUUACAAAGUUUCUUUGUAAAUAUACAUAGGCGUGUCCUUUUUUUGGUUUUAGUUUGUUUAGUUUGACCAUUCAUGAAAAAAACUAUGUAGAAUUAUUUUUGGUAAGCGCAGUAACAAACAGCGCCGUAGUAACUGUGGAGCGGAAAAACGACGAAAGCUUGGGUCCGGUGCUCAAAUCAACUCAACCCAAACCUCUCUCGUUUUUCCGCUCUGCUGCUUCUGGACGCCUUCUCUUGUCUUAUUCGAUUUACUAACUGAACGCCUGGAGUAGCCUGGAUUUUUGAUCAUUGUAUCACUUUAUGGUUGCUUUUUUCCUCAUGGGAAAAAUUUUGUUCGUACUUUUAAAAAAGAACUCCACUUUAGAAGUCCGGUGAGCGAAUGGAUGAGUUUACCGCUGGUUGUUUCACAAUCUGUUCCUAUGUAGACAGAAUCUUUUAAAAAAAUUGUCUUCAAAGGAGCCAACCACUCCCACUUUCUGCACCUCUUCUGUCUCAAAUGCAAAUCAGAGUUUGGACUAAUUGUGUGUCGACCAAAAACCGCAGCAAUACUUGUGGGUUGGGCUUCAACAGCUUAUCUUUCUUGGCAUCUGAUGCCAAGUGGAAAGUCAAGUUCCGGCCCUGUGUGAUAGAAUCUAAAGCGAGUGCUCUAGCCCCAUUAAGUUUGCAAGUUGAAACUAUAUUGUAAAUCAGUGUUCAAUCUUUCGCAGACCUAGAAUACAUAGCUUCUUUGCUGCGCUUUUGGUGCGCAGAUUAAUCUGCUCUUUUCAGCCAUAACACCACGUAAGGCAGAAGGCCAACUGGAAAAAGAUUCGUUCAAACACAAAUAGCGUCUGCCGAUAAAUUUCCAUUGAGCAUCGUCGCUGAAUUGUUCCACUCACGAAUAUUUCAGAUAUGGUUGAGUGCCUCAAGAAUUCUUUUGUGUUCGUGUUAAAUAAAUUUCCUUUGAUAUUUCUUUUCGAAAAAAAAAAACAAACUCAAUCUUUUGGAGAUGUGUUUUAUAAAGGUGGAAGAGAUGACUUUUUAUCUGAAUAGAACAGAUCAGAUAUAGGCUCAAAGACAAAUACACAAUUCGUCCAUCAAUGAUACUAUAUUCUCUUGUCUCUGAAAACCUCAGUGAGCACGAAUAAUUGAAAAUCAGCAACCAGAAAGAUAAUAAUCCAAUCAGAUCCGUGCGGAGAACAAAUUCGUGAUCCACGUGGGAUGGGCUUAUAAUUGAUUCUAGAAUCCGCGAGAAGGGUUCUUCUCUGUUGCUAGACAUAAGGCAUUAACAACAAAUAAGCUCUUCCUGGUAGAGUCAUCACCAGUUAUCAGCUUACGGUUACGAUAGCGAGAGACAUUUCGAUGUUAGAGUACUUCGAGGAGAUGAAAAGGACAUAUCAAAAUGAGUUGGUGAGUAACUGUCUAUGAGACUGUUAAAUUGUUACUCAGUAGUUCAUAAUUCUGUAGUUCUUGAUAGUUCUAUUUGGUCACCUGAACAAGCGGAAAAAAGAGCAAUCUUACGAGAAGACUAGUGCUGACACCGGCCUUAUUAAAUAACAAGUGACUCUUACCAGACAAGCAAUGAAGGCAACUCUCUGUCUGUUGGCGCUAAAAACAAAUAAGUUAGUUGGUGCAAUGGGAGGUGUUUAAAUCUUUUAUCCCACUUGAUACACUGCCGAAGUUAUAACAUGUGGUGAGUUUUGCCGAGAUUCAUAUCAUAUCUGUGGUGACAGUAGUGGUGAAAAAAAAUUUACGGUUCUCAAGAUCAUGCAGAUAUUUGAAGCCUCUCGCAAGCUACAGAACAAUCACCUAAACACAAUUUAUACUGUUUUACUCUACCAUUAAUUUAUACAGUGUUACAUUUACAAGUUUAACCCUUCCAAUUAAUAUCAUCUACUGAAAUAAAACGUGGUUUCUCACACGUAACAGACAAAAUUCUUGAUCCUUACAAACAAUAACAUCAAGGCAGGCAAGGUCAGUUUAUUUUUAUAGGCAUUUAAAUCACGGAUCUUAUUAAGGAUUCGAUUAUUUCAGGUCGACUGCUCCUCGACUAAGAGGGCCUUUGCGGCAAGCUCUCAGUCGCAGGGAAAGCGAUACAGAAUAACCUCUGCCGCUGUUAGGAACUGCUUGUACGAAAGAAAACAACUGGUGUUCAUCGACGCAAACAAACUACUAAGACUGAAUUUUGAGGGCUUUAACAAGCAAUUAUGUAAGUUUAUUCAUUCGUAAAUCCGUUAUUUUACAGGCUUAGUCUCUCCUACGUAAUACGUAAUAUUUUAGAUUUACUCACGAUACCGGAUAUAGCGUGUUCGCGAACUUUUCAAGUCAACCAUAGCCUCCCUUCUGGCACACACAUGAUCCACGCUUAUAAAUGAUAGAGCGGUCCUUAUAAACGUUUCUUGAAAGUUCAGACUCUAUCUAUUUGUCUUCUUACUCAAAGAGGAGAAGUAAUUCAUAAAACCUGUUGCAAUGCUCGAGAUAGUUUUUAAUUUGUCCUGGAAUGAUUAAACUUUUUUUUCAUUAAUAACUAGGGAUUGCAUUCUAGAUCAUUUUCAUUGUUUUAGGAUAGUGUGUCGUUUCAUUUCAAGUCGUGACCUUCGCCUUUUUUCCAUUGUCUUGGAAAGCUAGAAAUACCGCUUGUCAUUUUUUGGAAAGCUUUAAUGAACCGUGCUCUUUAAACAUGGACGCUAUUGUUAAAAGUUUUCUGACGGUAACUAAGAAUAAGUAGAAUUCCAACGCCUACUGGUAUGAAUUAGUCAGGUCUAUUGCAACUUAAGUGACACAUUUCUGAAGAUAUUAUGAAAGCAAAAAGCAGAUGGCUUAGGAAGCCCUGUAGUCACUUUUUUACUUGCUUACAGAACUCUCUAAAAUACUCAAUUGGAAAGGUAAUUUGUCGUUAAGUUAUGCAAAAAUUUAAGGCUACAUCUAAAUGCUAAAUUUAUUCUAUAGCCUUGUGUACGUGCGCCGUGCUUUUUCAUUCAAACCCCUUUAUCACAGGAAAACUUUCGCAAGAAACCCUCACACUUAGAAAACAAUCACGCUAUCUGUAGAAACUUGCUAGCGUCUAGUCCACAUUACUCCAAAAUCUCAAGUACUCGUUUUGAGCAGUUCUUUUUAAAAAGGUAAAUUGUUUUGUGCAAUUGUUUUACAAUUCGUCAAGAAUACCCGAGGGAUCCAAUCUUCUCACACCUCAUAAGAGUAAACACUUAUGCCUUUCUUUGUUUGCUAUAGACGCUUAACCGCCUGAAGCAGCGUCCAAAAAAAAAUUUGAACCCCGGAUCGUGAAUCUUGCGCCGAAGAUGUGAACGCGUGGUUAAAUGAGAAUACCCUUUUUUUCAGUGUGUCUUCUCUGUAAGAAAGAAUAUUCAGAACCUUGUCCCUUACAUGGUUUGGGCCAUGCGAUCGUAGACAACAAACGUCUGCAGGGGAGCAGAGCUAUGAGGUCACUCCCACCGGAAGUGAGUUUGUGCAGAUCAAGUAUCCCUGGGACCGGGUUAGGAGUUUGUACUAGAAAACACAUUCCUGCUGGCACCUGUAUUGGGCCAUUUGAAGGCAGGAGAAUCCGACCAGAGGAGGUCAAACCGGGCAUGGAUACGUCGUAUAUGUGGGAGGUAGGUGGGUAAUUCGUUACCAUAUCUGAUACGUUGGGUUCUGUAUUGAUCAAACGAAAGAUUGUCUUGUAAAACAAUUAAGAAAAUUUUAAGCGUUCUGGGAGGUUGAUUCUACGAGACCAAGCCCCAUUGCUUAGUGAAAUGAUCUGCUCCAUCACAGGGUACCUACCAGCGUUCUAUCAGCCUCUAAUCCCUCCUUCGGUGGAAUGCUUCUCCAUCACAGGGUACCUACCACUGUUCUAUCAGCCUCUAGUCCCUCCUUCGGUGGAAUGCUUCUCCAUCUCAGGUUACCUAUUAGCGUUUUAUCAGGCUCUCUCAAGAGUUCUUUUGGGUGGAGAGGGGGGAAUUAAUAAUAAAAGUCUAGCUGUAUUUGCUAAUUUUUUGUUUAUUGGUCGAAAUAAAUCGUACAAGCCAAGGUUUAUCGAACCCUUUGCAGGAAACUUGUUGGAUGCAUAACGUCUAUAUACAUAUGCAUAAUACUGAUUUUGGGAAAUUUGCAGCUAAGAACAGCCAAGAGAAUAGAAAUCUCUAGAACUUAUUUAAACUAAACAGGAAAUAUUUUUUAUAAGGUUAUAAUGGACAUUUUAAGCUGAUGUGUUUUUUUAUCAUUCUUUAUUUUAAGAUUUUUGACGGCAGCAAGUUAACUUGUUUCAUUGACGGCAGUGGUGAAGAAACAUCAGGCUGGAUGCGUUUUAUCCAGUGCGCACGCUCAAAAGUUGAACAAAACCUCUAUGCGUUUCAGUACAAGGGCGAAGUUUAUUAUCGUGCAUUCAAAGAUGUUACUGUUGGUAAAGAGCUUCUUGUGUGGUAUGAUGAACGAUAUGUACAGCAUUUUGGAAUACCUUUUGGAUAUCAGAGCAUGUCCUUCGUCAAAGAUUUUGAAGGUAAUUAUGGUUGUUAAUUAUCCAUUGCAAAUGUUUAAGUAGUAUCAUCAAUAUGGUUUGCACGAGCAUUUGAAAUAUUCUAAAGAAAAAUAUAACACGUCAGACGUCUUUCCAAGUAAAAAUGUAAGAUACAGACUUUAAGAAUGAUUUACCUCUGUAUCCGUAUAUUUGAUGAGACAUCUGUCUGUCAUUCUUCUUCAGAUGCUCGGCCAAUGGUAAAAGAGCAGACAGGGGAUAACAAAUCUGCGCAGCAGAAACCUGUGUGUGCUCCUGCUAGUUUACUUCUCAGACAAUUAUCAUCUGACAGCGAUGUAGAUGGUCAGCGAUCCUCUUCUAACAGUGACGUAGAAAGCGACGUCAGCGACCCUGGAAAUAUAUUAGUGCCCUUUCCCAAAAAAUCUCCAGAAAGGGAAUUUACUUCCUGGCGGUGCCAGCAGUGUCGCAAGACUUUUACUCAGCGGGUGGCCCUACAACUUCAUGUCUGCCCAUGCCAACCAUCCAAGCCUUACCAGUGUGGCCAGUGCAGCUUAGCUUUUUGCAAUUCUUCUCAGCUCCGUGCGCAUGUCACGUCGCAUUCCAGUGAAAAACCAUUUAAAUGCGGCUUCUGUUCGCGCGCUUUUGUCGGCGCGACAACACUAAACAAUCACAUUAAAUCUCACUUCGGGCAGAAGCCUUUUGGCUGUGACAAGUGCGGAAAAACGUUUUCUCAGCCUGGACUUUUAUCCAGGCACCAAAGAAAUCCCCGCGAAUGUAAAAGCGACGUAUCCCCUCCAACCGUCAAUAGCUAACCUCCGCUCACAGUUCAAUUUGUCGAAGAGUGUUUGUUUUGAAAUUCUUGACCAUUUAGAGGACUUCUGACAAGUUUUCAUUAAUUUUACACAUAUAGUUUGUGCGGAAAAAUAAAAGUGAAUAAUUAUUCAUGUUGUUAAAAUCGCAGCAAAAAAAGCUAAUGUAUGGAGCAAUAAGUAAAACAGACAAAUGGAACAAAUAAAGUUAGAGAACAAUGCUUCGACUAGUUUUUUAAUUUCAUCGAUAAUGCCGAGUUUUAAUAAUUUUAUUUUUAUUUUUAGUAUCAUAAAAAUCAUUUUAUAGCAAAGGCACUCGAACGUAAAUAUUAUUAUUUUCAUGAUAAAGGAAGGAGGAGAGAGACUGGAGACCAAACCUAUCCUUAAAGACUGAUCAUGCGAGAACCUUUUCUUCAGAGGAGUUCUGGGUAUUCAAAUGAAGAUAUCUUGCUCGCAAAUUAUGCCUGCAGGUCUCGUAGGCGUUCUGGUCACAUCUCGUCUGACUCAGUCGACUUGUUUUUCGACUGGAUUACGUUUUACGUUCUUGCAAAAUGUUUACGCGAUAAGUUUUGAUGCUGUCCCUGGUAUUUACCUCUAUGUCGGCAUCUUUGUAAAGAAAAAAUUCUAGAUCAUUGUCUUAUCUUUCGUUUACCGUAGAGUUCAUUUUAAUCUUCCUUUGUUUUUAUGGCUCAUUACCUUGGAAUUUUCUAGUGAUGUUUAAAGGAAAGAACUAAAGAAAAUUGACGUGGCAUCCAUUAGAGCAACGUAGAAUUAAAAAAAUCACUUGAACGUUGAUGAAGGAAGCUAUGCUCACUUGGCAGAGCGAGCACCGCUUGCACACAUUUUUCAAACGGCUAGUCACAGAAUUUGCGCAUUGAUAAAUACGUGGUCUUAGUUAACCUCGCUUAGUUGUCUUUGUUCUCUUUGUCUUUUGCAUUCCCCAAUGAACUCUAAAAUAGUUUUUAUUCUGCACCAGAACUAAAAGUUCAAGUUUUAAAGACCUUUCGUCGUUUGUUGCAGGGUUUGCAUAGAGACAAAACAGACUGGUAUCAUAAAAACUCGCUCCCAAACAAGUUACGAAAAUAGAAUAAAUUUACAGAUGAACAACAGAGAUAAGCUUGAAACUGUGGAAACAUCAGCUUGAUUUCUCCGCAUGAGCAGCCAAUCUGAACAGUGAUCACAUCAGCUUCAAAUGGGGGCCACAAAACAAAUUGAAUAUCUUGUGUAAUGCUUAAAAUCCUUACUGGGCUCAAAUUGAGAUUUUACUCUGUUUCUGCAGCCUUGCUGUAGCGUUUUCAAAAUAUCUUAUGAAAAGCGCCUGAGGUUAACCUGAAGAGAAAAUCAGAAGAAAAGUGCUUUAAAGUCUAUUGUUCCUUAUUUCUUAUUAUCUGUGGUAAUUCUCCGUGAAGGUAAUUGACUUUUGUCUUAAGUCAAAAUAUAUGAAUAGUGCAUAAAAAGGCGUACGUGGAAACACCGCCGUCUUUGGACAAAGUAGUUUUCUGUCCUUUUAAAGUCUAAUCACACGUCCACUCUUAGUUACGCACGGGGUGAAAAGAGAGCGCUUUGCGAGUCAGAAGGCGUACGAUUCUAUACUCCCCAAACUUAAGAAGAUUUAAAGAUCGACGAUUUAAGAGGACUGCAAAUGGAAGUUGAAAACAAGGUACGUUCAAUUUCUAGAGAAAUCUUAUUUUGGGUGACCACCUUAAGAGUGACGUUGAAUGAUCCAUCGGAACGCAAACACCAAUUCGACGAAUCUUUAAUAAACGGGGGGAUAACGCCUUAGUUGCAUGAAACAUUGCAUGUCUCUCAUGCUUUCGAUUGUUAGGACUAGUUUUUUGCUUGUAACGAUUUGUAAAAUCGUUCUUGAUUUCUCUCGUUUCUUCGCCUUCUUGUUGUUUAAAACCUGUUACGCCUCACCGAAUUGAGUUUCCUACCAACUCGUCCUGAUCGACGCACAUAAGCGUCUGGAGGCGAGAUUUCGACACCAAUCGUUUGUAAGCAACGAAAGACAAUUUUGAAACACGUUUCAAGUGGUUUUCCUUCGAUUUCAUCCCUGAAAACUCGUGGAAUUGAGUUUCCAAAUCUCAUUAUGCAAGAACCUAAACUUUUGAAGGGGAAAAACAAAAGCAAAAUACCGAUGUUAUUUGCAUGACGUUUUUCAUAUAUUUUCACCCUUGAAAACAAUUUUCAAAGUUGCCAUCCAUUUUCAGUGUUCUUGUGGGUAAACAGACGGUCAUGGUUUAGAAUAGAAACAAACUUUUUGAAAAAUCUUGCUAACAGCUUAGAACAAUGAUUGUAAUUCAUUAAACCGAAAAACCGAUCUGCUUCAGUGCCUUCGGAAAUGAGGUAUUCGUGAAUCAUUACUGUCAAGUGAAUGAAUCACGGACGAAGUUGACAUUGCUCACUAAUCACUAAAGUUUAGUCAAACUUAAUUAACUUCCGAUUUCUGAAGGCGAUCUUGAAAUCAACUCCUACACAACAUUGCGAUUGUUAAGUGUGCAAGUCGAAGGUUUCAAUUGCUUAAAAUUUCGAUUGAAUCGCGUAGGAAAACCGACUAAGUGUUUCCUUCUUUCACUGACAUUUUUUAUUUGUUUUUUUUUUCAAAUUUUUCUGUAAUGAAAUUUGAAUGUUUCUGUGCUGGAAUUCUAACUAACGCAAACUUUUCCACAUUUUACAGACGAGAAAAAUGAACGAACCUUUUGGAGGAGAGAGCGUAAGCAGUGUGUAUCAGCCCGUGACUAAGAAAGUGAAGCUCUCGCCUCCUUCAUCCAAAAGCGCACCGGUUUCAAACUUGAAACAGUUAUCUUUUACUAUGGCUGAUGUACAGAAGUGUCUUUUCAACGUAUCUACUGUCCAUCCAAUUCACAGCCGUGAAGCCUUAAGAAAGAAAGAUGGAGCUGGUUGUUUUUGUAAGUGUUUCGUGUGGGAGUUGUUUGCGCGAAAUGAUGCACUUAAUUCUGUGUCGACGGAUUUUUUUUAAAAAAAGCAAGCCAGGUGGUGUCUGUUCCUUCCAUACAUCAUAUAACAGCACCAAAUUCUCGUGAUAUUACUUGUGUUCUUUUAUUACCAAAAAAAAAGCUUUGAAUAGUUAUCGAUAAGUGUAAGUUUUGUUAUAUUUUUUUUCACCGCGAUUUUGCGUGCGUAGCGCUAAUGCAGCUUUAUCCCUUCUCUAUUGUGUCAUAAAUCAUAGCAAUAUUGAAAUAAAUUAUUAUUAUUUCAGGGUGUGAUGCAAGUGCAACAGACCCAAGCUUUAACUGCCCGCAUCAUAAACAUGAAACCACUGCCACGAAGCAGACAAGUCAAUUGUCUCUUGCUUUAAGAUCAUUUCCGCCGGAGGUUGGCUUGUGUGUAUCCAGCAUUCCUGGGGAAGGAUAUGGAGUCUGUGCUAAGCAAAAAAUUCCUAUCGGGGCAUGGAUUGGUCCCUAUGAAGGAAAGUUUGUGAAACCUGAGGAAAUUUCUUCGACUUCCAACACUUCUUACAUGUGGGAGGUAGGGAAGUUGAAUGAUCGACUCUUAGAAUGAAGUAUGAUUUGUUUUUUUUCUUUGUGGAGAUUUUUUUGUUAAUUUCUCCGUCUACGUUCACAGAUUUUUAAAGACGGUAAACUGGCGGGCUUUGUGGAUGGUAGUGAUGAAGAGUAUUCCAGCUGGAUGCGGUUCAUCCGCUGUGCUCGUCACAAAGGGGAACAAAACCUGUUUGCCUUCCAGUACUUGGGCAAGGUCUACUAUCGUUCAUUCAAGACCAUCCAGCCCGGACAAGAAAUGCUGGUGUGGUACGAUGACAAAUAUCCUCAGUACCUUGGCGUUCCAAGCUCAAUCUUUGAUAUGGGUUCUCUUACAGUCAAUGGUGAGAUUUUAAGUUAUGUUUUAAGCAUUGGCUGAUAAUUUCUGCGAUUUGUGUGCGAAGGUUUGUUAAGUUUGAAAAACGGAUAAAUUGAAACGUCUUUUCUUCAUAACUUCUACAGGAAAGUCAAACAAUCCAGAUGCAGCAGAAAUUGUGCGCUUGCCGUCCGAAACCUUAACACAAAAUCAGUAUCCCCCUACCCCUCCCAGCUCAGUUCCUUCUCCUGGAAGCCCACAAUCACCAAAAAGCCAGCCAAUCAGCCCUCGCCAACACUCACCUUCCAUGCCAAUCGGUGGAGAGCCUUUGAAUGGUUUUCAGACGAAAGUGUCCUCCGCCUUCGACUUUUCCUCUGUCACUGCAGCCAACUUUUCCAAUCCACUUCCAUCGCCAGAAAGCGAGAGGAGCAAUCCUCCCUCACCCACUUCUUAUGAAGACGGGCAAAACAACGCCACUAAAAUCAAUCAGCCCGCGUUUAGUAGUAUCACAGAACUAAGUUUGUGGAAAUGCGGCCAGUGCAAAAAGUCCUUCCCUCAAAGAACCAUGCUCCAAGUUCAUGUGUGCAAUGAAGCCCCAAAGAAGCCAUACCAGUGCGGCCACUGUUCACUUAGUUUCGCCCACCCAGCUCAGCUGCGCGCUCACGCUGUCAUUCACGCCAGUAAGAAACCAUUCAAGUGCGGAUACUGUUCACGUGCGUUCGCUGGGGCGACCACAUUGAACAACCACAUCAGAACGCACACCGGUGAACGCCCCUUUGUUUGCGACAAGUGCGGAAAGAACUUCACGCAAGGAUCACAACUUAGCAGACAUCAGAGAAUACCUGGAGACUGUGUGGCACGAGCGUGAAAGGAUUGGAAACAAUUAACCUUCAUCUGAUAGUUUUUAAAACUUUGAGUGCUCCUUAGGAAAGCUCAUGGCUCAGAUCUCAGAUCUAACUGUUUGUUGUGGCAAAGUUUGUAGAUUUUUAUGCGAUUCAUUCAAAACGGAAAACACAAGUGAUUCAUUCGGGAAAGUGCGUGGAGACGAAACUUAAGAACUAAAGCAACUUCGAGUUUUACGUCUAAGAAACGUAGAAAGUCGUAAUUGUAAUUACUUGUCGUAAAAAUGUAAAUAUCCAGAGCGUUUCACUGCGUGACAUAAAUGUUACCACUUUUACUAGUAAGAUGAAAAAUUGUACAUACGGAUGGACAUUUUGAGAAGUUGUUGCUCGAAUUAAUUGACUUUUGAAAAUAAAAGGCUUCAUCUGACCCA